AAAGCGUCAAGAAACACAUUUUUCUUUGGGCCUUGAGGCAUUUCAUCAAUCACUGAACUCACUCACUCAGCUGUAAAUCCAGAACUAUAUUUCCCGCGAAAUUAACAACUCUCACUCUGUCUCUCUCACUGUAACACCCACAAACAAUAUUCCAGAAGUUUCUUCUUCUCAAAAUUGUUACACUGAAACCCUAACCAAAGAAAUCACUCUGUAAUCUACUAACCCCAAUACUAAAUUCAUCAAAAUAAUCCCAAAUCAAAACCCUAAUAUCAAGUUCAAAAAUCAAAUGGAUUUCUGGAAAAUGCAGGAAACCCAGAUCGUGGAUAUGAAGGAUUUCGACGAUAAUGGCGUCGACGAAGUAACAGGGGAAAAACAGAGGAUUCCAUUCUUUGGGUCAAUGUCGAAGAACAAGGAGACUACUUGGGUCAUAUCAUUGUUCGUUUUUGUUCAUCUUGUCGUGUUUUUUUGUACGAUGAUUGUUAACAAUUGCUUGAGUAACUCGCAUGGAGAUUGUGCUUUGAUGUUCUUUCAGCCUCUUCAUGAGAACCCUCUUCUUGGUCCUUCUUCUUCUGCGUUGGGUAGGAUGGGAGCGCUUCGUAGAAUACAUUUGACAAACAUCCAUGGAGUAUGGCGCCUCUUCACCUCCCCUUUGCUUCAUGCUGGUGUAUUUCACCUUUUCAUCAGCCUCUCCAGUGCUAUCUUCAUUGGGAUUAAUCUGGAACAGAAAUAUGGACCAUCGAGGACUGGGAUCAUCUACAUAUUGUCGGUCUUCACUGGUAGUUUGAUGGCCACACUCUUUGUCCAAAAUAGACCUGAUGUUUCCUCUUCAGCUGCUCUCUUUGGUUUGAUUGGUGCUUCCUUUUCUGGGCUUAUUCGAGAUUGGAAAUCAUUCAGCAAUAAGUUUCAGGCUGUGAUGGCACUACUCUUGGUCUUUGCAGUGAACUUUGCUCUUGGGAUGCUACCCUUUAUCGAUAACUUCUCAAACAUUGCAGGAUUUCUGGCAGGAUCCCUUCUUGGUUAUGUCCUCUUUUUCUCUCCACAACUUAGGAAGCCAGCUUUACACAAAGGUUUAUUUGAUUAUGGUGUAAAGAAGUCUGUGGCAUUGAAGGAUAAGUUGGACAGACCAACGUUAAGGAUUGUCUGUCUUCUCCUAUUUUUCCUCAUGGUAGCUGGCCUCAUUGUAGCAGCUCUCAGCAGCAUAGAUAUCAACAAAUACUGCAGUUGGUGCCACUACGUUGAUUGUGUGCCUUCAGGAAAGUGGAUUUGUGAUAUCAAAACUUCAUCCUGUAAGACUACUGAACUGAGGGGGCAGACGGUUUUAAGGUGCUUGCGAAGUGACAAACUCAAGAUCUUGCCUUACACAGGCAUCUCAGCUACAAGAUUGGAGGAAUUGUGCAGUAUGAUUUGCUCUUAAUACAGACUUGGAGAUUGCUUAUGCUGAUCCAAUAUAUUCUGCAGUUUUGAUUGUAUAUCAAGUGGGAUAGGCUAUUGUACCUUAAUAUUAGUAUAUAAAACUACAAGCUAAGUACUGUAUCAAUGUAUGUUCAUAUUUUGUAAAUCAGUCCAAUGCUUAUUCUUUGCAUAGAGGCAGCAACAAGGGAUGUAGUGAAAUCAAUUUUUUGAGAAAAUGAAUUGAAAUUUUGCUGUACAGAAUAGUACAUUCUCAAGAAAAUUGUUACAAGU